AUGAAAGACAGUCGCUUAUGCAAAUUUGAUGUUAAUUACUUUUUAAAGAGUUGUGUAGAAUUAGAAAAGUCAUAUGAAAAUAUUUUAGAUGAAAAAAAAAAAAAUGAGUUAAGCCUCUCCGAUGCGUUGAAAAAUGUUCAUUGUAUUAAGGAAAAAUACGAAAAAGAAAGGAAAAAUAAUUUAGAGUUAUCACAAUAUAUUUCCAAAUAUACCGAUGAAUUAGUAAAUAAUCAAAAUUGUACAGAAAACUAUGAAAUAGUGAAAAAGCAAAACACAAACUAUAAGAAAAAAAUAGAAACCCUUAAAAGGGAGAAAGAACAAGAAAAGGCAAACUCAGAAGAAAAAAUAAGAAAUAUGGAAAAUAAAUACAGUAAAGAAAUCGGGCUAUAUGAAGUUCAAAUGAGGGAAAAUAUAAAAAAACUGAAAGAAUUAGAAAAUAAGCAUACCGAAUUAAAAUCGCAAAUAUCUUCUAAGGAUUUAAUAAAUCAUAAGUCAAAUUUCUAUUCUCUUAGUUUACAGUUAAAUAAAUUAUCUUUAGCAUUAAAAGAAAUUGAACAAGAACAAGAAAAAUUAAAAUUAAAACAUGAACUCCAAAUUAAUAAUCUGAUAAAAUCUAAUGAGGAAAAUAUUAAAAAAAAAAAGGACAAUAUAAAAGAAAUAAUAAACAAUAGUGAGAAUUUAACAUUAACACAUUUAAAAAAUAAACACAAGCUACUACAAAAAAACUUUACAGCAUUGGAAAAAGAACAUUUAAAUUUGAAAAAAAGCAUAAAUAAAACGACAAAAAUACAAAGAACUUUAGCUGGAAAUCCAACAAAUAAAAACAAUCAAAACUCAUAUAAAAUAUAA